AUAGAUUUGAAGCCAUCGCAACACAAGCCUAACUCCGUUCCGGAAAGCAGGGUUUUGCAACCUUAGUUAUAAGUGCAAUCAGAAAUCCAUAAUUCUAUAUUUAAUGAUUUGUCAAUUUCACGAUCUGGUGAGCUCCAGGGUCAGUACCGAGGAACAUAGGAAAAUUAUUGGAUAAAAGCACAACCUUGGACACGCACGUCGGUAUAGUGAAUUGUGUGAAAAAUAAUCAUAUAAAACUUAGGCUGUGUUGAAAAAAAAAUCAUUUUGAAUGAAACGCUGAUAACAGUCAAAAACCGAAGGGUUCUGAAAAUUCUGUGUUUAAGAGAUUCUGGAUUGUUCUUAACCUUAUUGUGUUUAAAUCUCUCCAUACACCGUGAAAGGAAAAUCAUCCACAACUGCUAAUCAAAAUCUUAACGAAUAAAAUUUCAUCUGAAGCAGCAAUAUAACAUAAAGCUUAAUCUGAAGCUGCAAUAUUUCAUAAACCCUCCGGAUAACGUUUUAUACGAAUCAAAAACCGUGUAAAACCAACUGCAAAAUCCUUUAUCUAUCAUGAUGGCUGAGUCCUUUACAAAUUCAGUAUCUGACAAAGGGAUUAUUGUUAUGGCGGUCGACUACAGCAAUAACUCGGAAUGGGCUUUUGACUGGUAUGUGACGAACUUCCACAAACCAGGGAACAAAGUGAUUCUUCUUCACAUUCCGGAGAGUUACAUCAAUGCCACUACAAUGAGUCCCGGCAGGGUUAUGGAACUACAGCGAGAAACAGACGGCAAAACAGGGGAACUCAAACAAAAAUUCAUAGACAAAGCAAGCAAACUUGGGAUUGAGGCAGAAUUCAGGGUGGAGAACGCCGACAAGCCAGGGCACGCUAUUGUAGACAUUGCCCAGAAAGAAAAUGCAACUUUUGUUGUCACAGGAACUAGAGGAAUGGGCAAGUUCCGGAGGACAAUUAUGGGCAGCGUCAGUGAUUUUGUCGUCCACCAUGCCCAUUGCCCAGUUCUAGUUUGUAGACACAAGGAUAAAUAGAUUGACAAUAAGUCCUUAACAUUGUACGAAAGCAUCACUCACCUUCAGGAUGCGCACCUUGAGCCUUGUGCAGUCAUGUGAUACAUGUAAGAUUGAACAGAUAUAUCAAUGUACUAAAACAUUUUGUGUUAAAAAAAUCUGUUGAUAUUUUAUUUCGAUUCAUGUGCAUUGUACUACCUACUCAAAACAAGUUUGAUGGGUGUUGACAUUUUUUCGAACGAUUUUUCUUUCAUUGUGUUGACUUAAUUUCUUUACUGAGCAAAAGUGUAGAUAAUAAAAUUAUAUCACAAAAAAUGAUCAUACAUAAAUUUAACAUUUUUGUAUAUUUAACAAUUGUAUGUUACCAUAGUCGUAGGGGAUUUGGACACUUUAAACACUCUGUUACGAUUCUCUAUGUGUACAAAGUAUUGUAUAAUGACUGGAUGUUGUAUGAAUAUGGAAAUCGUUGUAUCUCGAUGUCGUGACUGUCCUGUGCCUGUAUCUGACAGAAAAUUGUUUUUCUUGAUCGAAUAUUAUCCUCUAAAUGCAUGGAAAUAAGCACGCAAAUAUUCAGUUUGCAAAAUCCGCAAAUAUGAUACGACACAUUAAAAGGCUGGGGUUUUUUUCUUUAUAUUGAUAAAAUUUUACGAUUAAUAGAGAAAUCUUCACAACAACCAGAAGAAUAUAUAUCAUAUGUACAUGACUCUAAUUUGUUGUAUAAUUCUAACUUUGUUAUACUUAGAAAAAGACCAUUGCAUUGACUUGUUUCAAAAAAAAGAAAUUAUGUAUGGAAAAAUGUCAGGAAAUAAAACUGCUUCUAAGUACAA